AUGGGAAAUGAAUUCAAACUAUCUACAAAUGAAACCUAAUAUUCUUACAUGUUUCAAGGAAAAUAAUUAAACAUAAAAAACUUGGGAUAACCUCCAAAGUUUUAAAUUAAUGUAGAUAAUUUAGAAGAAAUAUUUGAUUAAAUACUAUCUUAUACAAAUUUAGAAAAAAAGAAGUUUUUAAACUUAAAUCUCAAAUAAAAAUAAUUAUUAUUAAUCUUGCAUUAUCAAGCCCUAAUUUAUGAAAAUCCUAUGAUUUAACAUCUAAAUUCAGAAUCAGAUUUAUUAAUCUACAUUUAAUUUUAUCAAGAAAUAAAAACACUUAAAAGUUUAAAUGAUGAGAUUUUGAACAAGUUCUUGAUUGCUUUUGCACUGCCUAUUGCAUAAAAAUAAAUUGAAUUUUUAAGUUUAAAUAAAAAUAUUUUGAAUAUUUUUGAUAAAUUGUAUGUGUUAUAGCAAUGCAAUUUGUUAUUUUUAGAAUUUAUAUUAGAUGAAUUGUAAUUAAUAACUUUAACAAAUAAUUUAUAAUUAAUUUUCAAAUUAUCCAAUAGUUAAAUUUAAGCAUUAAUUUAUUAACAAUAUGAAAAAAUAUCUUGGAGAUAAAUAAAUGGAUAUUAAUUGGUCGAAUAACUAUUAAAAAAACAAAAUUAAGAUUUUUGCUUAUUAUCUACAAUUUCUCUAUUAGAAACAUCUACUGAUAAGAAACUUGUAAAUAAUUUAUGUAUUUUUUUAGAUAGCCAUCAUAUUAUCUUUUAUUAAUAAUUUUGUGGAACUAUCUAAUGAUAAAAUUCAGUUAAAAUAAUUGUUAUUAGUUCAUGGUGUAGAAUUAAUAUUCCAAGAAAUAAAAAAAAAAAUUAAUGAUAAAACAUUAAUUUUUUAUGAUAGUUAUUCAAAAUUAGUUGGGGCUAAUGAGUAUUCGAAUGAAUUUGACAGCGCCAUAUUGAAAAACAUAACAGCUUUUGAGACUUUAUUGGAGUCGUAUGAAUCUAAUGUUAGAGAGUCAAUAAAUUAAUUUAGAAUUUCAUGUAAUCCAAAAUCUUUACCUCUUCUUAAUAGAGUUUCAAUUGGAAAGGUAUAAUUAGCCUAAGUAGUCUUUCCAGAAUAAUUCUUGUUAAAUUUAUAGAGCUUUUCAGCAGAAAUACACGAAUCGUAAAGUUUUAAUUAGUUAAUAAAAAAUAUGUAAAAUUUUUUAUCAGAAGCAGAAGUGUUAGGAAAAAAUUUUGUCACAACUAUUUUAUAAAAAUUAGUUUAGAAUUGUGUUAUAGAAUAUAAUAGUAAAUAAGCGUAGAUUGAAGAUCUAAGAAGACAAUUACAUGAAUUUUAAGAAUAAAAAAUUUAGUUUUAAAAAUAAUGUAUAAACUUUAAUAAUAAUUUAGUGAAACAAACUUCAAAUAUAUUGCGUAGUUUAAAAGAGGGAUUGCUAAUGUAUGAUAAAAACACGGAAUAAUUAUCUUGUAUUCAAUAAGAAUCUUAGGUUUUAUAAUUAGAUAAAGCUAGCAAUAUAUAGAUGAAUUGUUCAUUAUAAAUUUAGCUUACUGAUGAAAACAAAUUAUUACCUGUCUAAACGAGUUGUUCUCUACCUAUUUAAAAAAUAAUUCCAUAAAUUCCUUAAAUUACAACUCCUCCUCCACCACCACCACCACCUCCACCUCCCUAAAAAACAUUUAAUAAUUCAAAUAAAAUUGAUAUUAGGAAAAGAAGAUAACCUACUUAACUACUAUAGUAAAUUGGUAUAACAGAGAUUAAGUAGAUGAAAAGUAAAAUUUUCUCAAUUUUAGACGAUUCUAAAAUUCAAUUGUAAUUUGAAGAACUGGAUAAACAUUUUUAAAAAAACUUAAAUAAAACUAAUAUACCAACAACUUCAUAAAUUAUUUAAAAAAAAUCGUCUGUUUUAACAUUAGAUAGAUCUAGAAAUAUAGAAUUAAUCCUAGUUAAAAUUAAAAUUUCUAUGGUUGAUAUCAUAAAUUACAUUAAAGAAAUGAACUAUAAAAAAUUCACAUCUGAUGAUAUCGAAAGUAUAAUUUAAACUUUUCCAACAAUCCAAGAAAUUGAAGAAUUAAAAAAAAUUUAAGAUACAACUGCAUUAAACAGACCUGAACUCUUUUUAUUUAAUUUAAUUCGAAUUGAAAAUUAUUAAGAAAAAAUUUUAGUUUUUUCAAUUUUAUUAAAUCCAAAUUAAAAUGAAAUCUUAAAAUAACUAGAAUUAAUUCAAGAAUAAGUCUAAUCGAUUUAAUAAAAUGUUAAAUUUUAGAAACUUUUAUGUUACAUUUUAGCAGGUAUAAAUUAUCUCAAUAGUUCUUCAAAUAAAGAUUCUUAUGGAUUUAAAUUAUCAGAAUUCUCUAAAAUAGUUCCUUUGAAGUCUAAUAAUUCUUCCAAAAUCAAUUUUCUAAAUCUAAUCAUUAAAAUGGCAGAAAAAUAGGAGGGGGAAUUAAUUUUAGAAGAAGAAUAUAAUGUGUAAAAAUUAAAACAAUUAUCAAAAAUUUCUAUUGUUAAUAUUUAAAAGUAAAUUGAAAAAUUAGAAUAAGAUGAUAAAUUAAUUAUGAAAUAUUUAGACAUUCUCAAAGUAGAUAAUUUUGGAGACAAAAAUUAAUAAAAUUUAAAAGAAUUGUAUUCUAAAGUUUCUUAGUAAUUUUAUGAGCUUUGCGAGGGUUUUUGUGAAGAUCCAAAGAAAUUAGAUACUGAUUACUUUUUUACACAAUUAACCUAAAUGAUCGAAAACCUAAUUGAAUAAAAAAAACUUAAUAUAAUAAUAGAGGAAGAAUUGUAAAGGAAAAAAGCAAUAGAUCAGAUAAAUUCUUAUUUUGAUAAUAAAAGUAAUUCUCAAGAAUAGGAGAUAACAAAAUAAGAAGAUAAUAUCAUUAAAUAGAUUGAAGAAAGAAAGUCUUAUAAGUAAUAAGUAUAGGAAAUGAAAUUUCGAAGUCUUAAGUCCUUAACAAAACUAAAGAAGAAUAUUAAAUAAAUGCGAGAAUAAACAACUUAAUGA